UGCUGCUGCCACCAGCCCGCUGUGAGCGAGAGCAGGCUGGAAAUCGCUGAAAGUGGCUGCGUGUCGUGUCAACACUGUCAGAGCUAAAGAGGGAGUUCCUUAUCCCUCCUCUCUCUCCCUCGCUCUCUCUUCCUUCCCCUCUCUCUCUCUUCUUCUCCUUCUCUCUUUCUCUCUCGCCCGCUCCCUCUCUCUCACAGCUCAGCAUCUCCACUCUCACGUUGCGUAAACCCACCGAUCUGAUGCUCCACAGAGGCACCAUCCAGUCCAUCUGAGGUGGAAAAGAUUUGAAUCACAGAUACCGCUAGAGGUUUCUGGGCUGCUGCUAAGAAGUCGAAGCAUGAGCCUGCUUGAAAAAUGGCCUCCAGGUAAGAGUUGCGAUGAUCCAGACCCGACCCACAGCAGAGAUGAAUGUGUCUGAUGAAUCCUCCUACCAAGAGGAGGUGCUGCUGGGUAACUCUACCUGGGGCUACUCCUAUUAUCAUCAAAACUACACCCUGAUCCCUCCACUAUCAGAGAAGGCUAGCACCUCCAAACCUGCAGCAUGCGAGCAGGUCCACAUCGCUAUCGAGGUCUUUCUGAUCCUGGGUAUCAUCUCACUGCUGGAGAACAUUUUAGUCAUCACAGCCAUAGUGAAGAACAAGAACCUACAUUCCCCCAUGUACUUCUUUGUCUGCAGUUUGGCAGUAGCAGACAUGCUGGUGAGUGUGUCCAACGCCUGGGAGACCAUCAUCAUUUAUCUUCUCAACAACAGGCAGCUGGUGGUGGAGGAUCACUUUAUCAGGCAGAUGGACAACAUGGUGGACUCCAUGAUCUGCAUCUCUGUCGUUGCAUCCAUGUGUAGCCUGCUGGCCAUUGCUGUGGACAGGUACGUCACCAUCUUCUAUGCACUGAGGUACCACAACAUCAUGACGGUGAGGAGAGCUGGCUGUAUCAUCGGGGGAAUCUGGACCUUCUGCACUGGCUGCGGAAUUGUCUUCAUUAUCUACUCAGACUCCACUCCUGUGAUCAUCUGCCUGAUCUCUAUGUUUUUUGCCAUGCUGCUCAUCAUGGCCUCCCUCUAUAGUCACAUGUUCAUGCUCGCUCGCUCGCACGUGAAGCGCAUUGCUGCCCUGCCCGGCUACAACUCCAUCCAUCAGCGCACCAGCAUGAAGGGGGCUAUCACACUGACCAUCCUUCUGGGGAUCUUUAUCGUCUGCUGGGCUCCUUUCUUUCUCCACCUCAUCCUGAUGAUCUCUUGCCCACGGAAUCUCUACUGCGUGUGCUUCAUGUCCCACUUCAACAUGUACCUCAUCCUCAUCAUGUGCAACUCAGUGAUUGACCCACUGAUCUAUGCCUUCAGGAGUCAGGAGAUGAGGAAGACAUUUAAGGAGAUCAUCUGCUGUUACAGUCUGAGAAACGUCUGCACGAACAUCUGUGCUUUGACUGGUAAGUACUGAGAAAUAGAAAAGACCAGUGAAAGGAUGGGUAAAAUGAACUAACUGAAUAUGACGCUGGAAUAGAAAUACUACUACCCAAGGACUGGUUCACUGCACUUUUCAGACAGUACAGUGUACCGUCACACAAGCAACUAUUGAAAAGUAUAAGCUGGAAAGGAGACUGGAACAUUGAGUUAUCUCCUAAUGCGUCCACCAUGUACACAAAAAGUUUACGAGAUGCAUUAUUUUAAGGCUUAGUUAGGAUCAUCUAAAGUCCAAGCCCAUGAUUCAUAUUAGCGUGCGUCACACAAAACUGUUUGUGGCCUGCUUUUCAUUCUCCCUGACAUUUCUUUUAUCUUUUUUCCUUUGGCCUUUCUUUUUUAAUAGGCAAGAUUUUUAUUCUCUGUUCCCAGAAUAUGUCUGAUGCAGUAGCCAAAUGGAUAGACAGGAUAUUUUUCUUUCAGUGCUGCAAGAGUGCUCAUAUACUGGCUUUAAAUUACAGAACUGCUGCCAAAUGUACCCGAAUGUACCCUUUGUUAAUUUAGACGGCUGGAUGUACUUCCUUGAACAUUAACCUCACAUGCAUAAAUUAACAAAGGCAAUGAAGUCAGCAAAAGUUGGGGAAGGUGUGGUAAGAAUUAUCCACAUCCAUAUGUUAGUGAGUUUUGUUUAGUUUUUUUUUUUCUCGCUUUUCUUUCAAGCUGUGACUACAAAUUAAAACAGCAAUUUUACACAUCAAAGUCUGUUUCCCAGUUAUGGAGAGUAGUGCUUCGGUUAGUAAGUAGUAUCUAGGUUUUUUUUUAAAGACCCUUAAACAAGCGCAAGUGAAACAACACUUAUAUUUAUUCAGAUUUUGAAUAUAAUAAUCAAAAAUCUUUUCCACAUCUUUCACAGAGUCCUCUACCAAAUCUGUUUGUGAUGCUGAAUAAUUAUUUUGAAUUUCAGGAGGGUCAGAGAAAAAGAGUAGCACGUCCUCUGCAUAGAAGACUCUCUGUCAUUCACUGGGUGUUCCAUCAGGGCCAGCAAUGGUUGUCCAGUUAAAUCUAAAACCAGACAUCAAUUAAAACAUUACGAAAGUGAAAGUGAUCUCUCAGACAUCAUUCAUGUGAUAAAGGAUUUCAUGUUGGCUGAACUAACCCUGUAAAAUGCUCUUUGUAGCUGCAGUUGCCUAUACUCUGUUUGUCUAUUAGGUACUGGAAUCUACAGUUUCACUUAUUUUCUUUGGUGUGUACAUGUCCUGUUAACAAAGGCAAACUUAGAACAAAAACAAAGACAAUUUUAAGAUGGCAAAAACGGCAGUUCCCCUUGAUGCCACCUGGAUAGUCUGGACAGUUUCACCACUUGCAAGAAAUCAAUGUUGAGUAUUUAAUGGAGAUUAAUGAUCCUCACAGGCAGCCACAUUACAAAGUUCCUAUGAUGCACAGAGCGCUUCUUGUGCACCACUACUGAAUUUAAUCAUUAACCAUUAUUAAACUCUGGCUGUCUCUGCUAUAGUUUUGCUUUUGUCCUGUCUCGCUCUGUUCUCUUCUCAUUCUCCUCACCCCCAAUCAAUCAUGGUAGAUGAGCCUGGUUCUGCUGGAGGGUUCUUCCUGUCAAAUGGGAGUUUUUUCUUCCAUUGUCAUUAAUUGCUUGCUCAUAGAGGGCCGUGUGAUCGUUGGCGUGUCUUUCAAACAUUGUAGGAUCUUUAGCUUACAAUAUUGAGUGCCUUGAGAUGGCCUUUGUUAUGAAUUGGUGCUCUAUAAAUAAAAUUGAAUUGCAAUGCCAGAGUACAGUAAAGAAUAGCAAGAUGCACAAGGCUGUCAGCAUAUGUAAAAACAUAAAAGAAAUAAUUUAGGUGUACUAAACAGAGGAAAGUGGAGGUUUGCAGAAAAUUGGUCAAAGGUUAUGAAAUGAAGCGGAAAACUGGCAGCUUAUUUUAUAUUUCAAGAAAGUCAAAUCCUCUCAUUUCCCACCAGUUUCAGCAUAAUUUAUAAAUGUAAGAUCUCUUAUGGUUAAAAUCAGACCCUCUUAUGGUCUUAUGAACUUUUUAUGGAUCUGCACAGCCUGGAUGGCUGCUUAGGUGAUCAAGGGCUUUUCCAUCAACAUCACAUGGUUUUAAGGAUUAUAGGCUUGAAAAAUGGUGAUGCAGCCAUAUAUUUACAUUGAAAAUAACAAGAAGAAAACAAGCCUUAACGUGAACAUAUUGAAUAUGUUGCACUGUAGGUAAGUAAUGACAAGGUCAAACAAAUACGUCAUAGAUCACAUAGAUUACUUUUUACCACAGAAAGUAAAUUUCUAUUUUUCAAAGCUUAACAGUUCUGUUUUACUUUGUGACUUUAUGAACAAAAACGAAAUGUUUUUUCAUUAGAUCCUGUAGGACCAUGCAGCCAUCAAAGUAGCCCUAUGUAUUGAUUUCACAGAAACAACUGACUUUAGCAUGGAAGAUCCAGUUUAUUGGUUUUCUUACUAGCAUGUCUGUAAUUCUUCUUUUACUCCUGGAUUUUUCUGCCUGAAUGAAGCUGUUGCUGGAGAGGAUAAUGGUCAAAUGAGCCAGCUGCCAUUAUAUGGAACAGCUUUAAUGUCAAAUAGCGUCAUUUUGUCGAUUAGAAAUUUUGUCUUGAGAAAUCUUUAGUCUGCUUCUGACGCCAAGCUGGAAAAACUGAAGGAAGAAAGGGAAGCAUUUGCUUUUAAGAUUCAAGAGAUAGCAUAGGCCCUUAACUACAAAGCGGGAUGUGGUUUGAGAGGAAAACUUUCUAACUUUUUUUCCUGGUGACUGCAAAGCAAUUUAAUUUAUCUAUAGCCUUUUGUGUCGUGGCAAAAUCUUCAAAAGAAGCUGAUUAAAGCAGUAAAUCCUUUCAAUUGUUGACUUUGUUCUUUACUUGCUCACAAAUCAUUUACUAGUAAGAAUACAAGUAAUUUACUUUAUUAAUGUAUUAAUCAUUUGUUCCUUUUAGCCUGUAUUGUGUUUUUAAUUUCUUCAUUCUUAAGAAAACAGGUUGUAAUAGAAGACAAACAGGCAGCACUAGAAUGAUCCAUGUCACCGCUCCUUUUAUAUGGAAUUCUUACAUCUAGAAUUGGGGGAUUCUGGGUUGACUUACUGAGCUGAUGACAACUGGCAUAGCCACUUAACAUGACUGCUGACGGGAGGCUUUGUGAAACCAGAUAACAAUAAGAUAUCUUGAGUAUGCCUAACUCAUUUCAUAGUAAAGACCCUGAUCAGUGGUAGUACAGGUCUAACAUUUGGGUUGACUUAAAAAGUGCCACCGAAUGAAUGUAAAGCAGUGCCAUUAGAAAACAACUGUUUUCAUAUUUAGAAUAAAUAAAAGCUAAAUAAAUAUAGUCGAUUUAUAAAGACACUUUUAAAACAAAGGGGCACCUUCCAUCUAGUGAUGCAGAAGGCACAUACGGCUAAACAGAAGAACCACCUGCAGCUCUAAAAGCGAUUUCAUAAUACUAGUGUGCAAUGAUGGCAAUGUGAUGGAGGUAAAAUGUUGCCUAACACACCAUGAAAGCCCCAAAAAGGCCAGUGCACUGCUCUAAUGCAAGAAUACUGACAGAUUUGAGAGGUUAUCUACCUCCAAAAUUCAGGUGGUUACAGAGCGGUGACUGUCUGACCAAUUCUGAUUCUUAUAGGUUUUAGCACAUCUUCAGGUUUUUUAUAAUAGUUUGUCAUUUUAGGAGGAAAACAUAUUUUGAACUAAUGCAGCUCAGAUUGCAUGCACAUGUUCUAAAGGAGGUAUAUGAGCACUCUUCGACAAACAGGAAUUGCAUAUUGAGCUGAUUCUUUUUCUUCUCAUACACCUAAUGGACUCAGUGUUCCUUUGGAGGAUUAUGUGUUUACACCCAAUGCAACCAAACCCACCAGUUGCACAUUAUUUGUAAAUGGCCUCACUGCAAACACCUUGCUUGUUAUCUGUACACUGGAGAAGUUGUCUGCCCUGCUAGGCUGAACUUUUGAAUGACAUCACUUGUCAUCAGCCAGUUUUCUGCCUGCUGCUGUUCGCCCUGCGCUGCAUUAGUGCUACACUUAACAAGCAAACAUCUCAAAUCCGCCCGGUAGCACAGCAAUUUCUGCUAUGAUCUGAAUGUAAAGUCACUGCUCUGUUGAGUCACUGUGACCCCCAGUGAUCACUUCUCAAUGCCACCCUACUGGGCAUGUAUAAAGCUAUGUAAAGCUGCUUGAAAUGUAAAAAUGAAUGUACAAAUAGCUUCACUAUACCUUCUCUAAGUGUGUGUUGGUGGUGUCUACCUCCAAACUGAGAAGCUUGACAGAUUUUUACCGGAAAUGCAGCCAUCUGCUGAAACUACUCUUUCAUACAGAAUGUUGCUGUGCGGUAGAUACUAAAAGAAACAAGUUAUUUGCUGUUACGUAUCAGUAUUUAUUGCAAAAACAGAAAGUUGUUUAUAUUGUUCAUGUUUUCAGGCUGAUGCAUUUUGGUUUGUGGAUGGAAAGUAAUAUAAGAGUUGUUUUAAGAGAAAACAACAGCGCUAAGAGGAUGUUUUUCUUCGUUCAGUCUUGUAAUUGCCUUACUGUUAUUUCCUUUAAUGUUUAUUGCAAGUACUUUGAAAAUGUAAGAUCAAAAAAGUAUAACACAAUGAAAAGUGCUUUGAAUAUUGAUGUAAAACUGUACAUUGUUUUGUCUCCAUUGUAAGUUUAAUUAGUAAAGAAAACAAAUAUUUUGCUAAGUGUACAUCCACUUCCAGUGCAGCAUUUGUGCAGUUUUGCAGAAUGAUUCAUUGUUGCUGAUUAUUGUGAAGUGCUCUGUUUUCGUUCCCACAAAAAGCAGCAGCAAGAACACUGAACAUUAUAUGUUCCUGGAUCAAGGUUUAGCUUGUGUUUUGAUUGUUCGUUGUAUGCUUAGUUCUGUGUAUAUGUGCAGUGACACAAUGCAAACAGCUGUGGGAUCAUGUUUCAUGUUCGGUGAUGGCAUGAAGAAAUGUAAACGUGAGCUUCAGUUCAAAUAAGUGAUGUUUUGUUGGCUUAAGAUGACUUAUUUUUGUCUGAAUAAAAGCAGAUAGUGAAA